UCAACCACCGUACUGGUACUGGUUGAUCGAAGCUAAGUCUCGGUCCUCCAUAUUUGAUUAAAUCAAAGUAUCGCUGAACCAUUCUAAUCUAUUUAAUAUCAGAGAAAUCUGAUGCCAUCGAGAGUUGAUUAAGGCCUGGAUCAGAUAAUUAAUGUCUAAUUAAUACUUUAGAAAACAUUUCAGCCCUAAAGAAAGACCUGCAAUAGGCAGAUUUAGUUCUUGCAUAAUGCAUGUUUAAUGAGGCAACUUAUUUAGUUUGCAUAAAAAACUAAUCUUUCAUAAUCUACAAAGACAUAUAUACGUGUAUUAUCAGGAUAAUGGUUAUAGUAUACUCAGUACAGUCUUCAUUAGAAAAGUUGGAGCAGCAAAGUAGGACAUUAAUUUAAACCAAAUUUCAUUUCAUUAAAGUACAUUCAAGUAAACAACCUAUUUUUAGUGUUUAAGGUUGAUUUAAGUUAGAGUAUUCAACAAUUUCAUUUCAUUAAAGUAGAUUCAGCUAUUAGAUUUAGGAUUUUGUAUACUAAUACCUGAAAGCUGCAAGCCUUAUUGGAUCUACAAUUACCAUGAAUUUGAAACCACUGGGCAAUACCAGGAGGUUAUUCCAAAACCUCUGGCAAAUAAAGACAGCAAAUGACAUUGGAUGGAAUUGUCAAGUUACUAGAUUUUAUUCAUUUAGCCAUAGAAUAUCAGGUAUACAGUCAAUAUUUCAUAGAAGUUUGAUAUUACCAACUGAAACAAGAAAAGAAUGUACCAACCAUUUUAAUGGAAAAUACAGACACUUUCAAAAUUCUUGUUUUCGACAGCUCCAUACAUCACAGACUGAAGUAAAACAACCCGUGAAAGCUACUCUUCAGCAAGAAGGAAAAAUUGUAGCCAUUGAUUGGAGCAAUGGUGGAUCUUCUAAGUUUCACAGCAUUUGGCUACGUCAUAAUUGUCAAUGUGGACGUUGUAUACAGGAAGGAAGUGGACAGAGAAUUUUUGACAUUUCUGAGAUCUCACAUGAACUUAAAGUACAAAGUAUAGAAGUUAAAGACACUGUUGUACAUUUCAAGUGGAGUGAUGCCAGUAAUCAUGAAGGAGAAAUAUCUCUUGACUAUUUACAGACCAACUGUUAUUCACAAUCCUCUAUAAAAAACAGAUAUUCAGCUGUUCAGAUAAAUAAACUAGCUAAGGAAAUACCAGUUGUCAACUAUAUUGAUGUGAUACAAAAGAAAAAAGAAUUGUAUAGAUGGUUACAUUUGGUAAAUGAGUAUGGUAUAUGUUUAAUGAAAGAUGUUCCAGCAGAAGAUAAAGCUCAUUUAGCACUCGCUGAUUUGAUAGGUCCUGUUCAGGAAACUAACUAUGGAAAGACGUUCGAUGUGAAAUCUGCUCCUAAUCCAGUAAAUAUAGCCUACAGUUCUGUUGGUUUAUCCCUUCAUAUGGAUUUAGUUUACAUGGAAUCUCCUCCAGGACUUCAACUGUUACAUUGUCUAAGAUUUGAUGACUGUGUUGAAGGUGGAGAGAGCACAUAUUUAGAUCUCUUUCAUAUUGUAGAGGAGUUCAGAAAAUCUCAUCCAAAAUAUUUUCAAAUUUUAUCAACAAUACCAGCGACAUUUUACAAAUGUCAUUAUGAUAGAGAAAAUCCAUUCCAUCUUGUUUAUCAGAAGCCACAUAUUGUACUAAAUCAUCAUAAACAGGUUGUCGGAUUAAAUUGGGCUCCACCAUUUGAAGGACCAUUAUUAGUAGAAGAGGAUGAUGUAUUAAUGUAUUACGAAGCCUAUGAAGAAUUAGGCAAAGCAAUCAUGAACACUGAUAAAAUGUUGACAUAUGGAAUGAAAGUUGGUGAUCUGAUGGUAUUCAAUAAUCAUAGAAUAUUACAUGGUAGAAAUGAGUUCAGGUUGAAUGGUGGAAUUAGACAUUUACAGGGAUGUUAUAUUGGUAUAGAUGACUUCAAAUGUAAAGUUCAAGUUUUAUCAAAUCAAGUUGGUGAUGGACAGCCGCCAAAACAUGUGGGAAAUCAAAGCUGGCUAUGAUUACUAUUGGACAUUAAGGGGACACUGUUGGAAAUCUCCUCCACAAAGGCUGAAAUAUGGUGUGCCGCAAGGUUCAGACCUGGGACCACUUUUGUUCACAGUAUACACACCUCUUUUAGGAGACACCAUGUAAGAAAACACAAAAUUGACUACCAGCACUGUUCAACUAGUCUCUUAUGGUCAGCGCUCUUUUAGUUAUCAAGCACCUGUUUUAUGAAAUAAUCUACUAUUUAGUUUAAGAUGUUGUACAUCUCUAUAUUCUUUUAAAAAACAACUUAAACACAUUUAUUUAAUAAGGCUUUUAACUGACUCUGUAUACAAUCCUUAACAUGUCCAUAAUCUUGAUGUUUAUUUAUGAUUACAUUGUCACUUUGUAAAGUGCCCUUGAACAUGUUAUAUGAAAGGGUGCACUAUAAAUAUGCUGUAAUAACGAUAAUAAUAUAUUUUAUUAUAUAAAACCUAUACGCUUACAUAUAAGUAUGAAUAAAGCUAUUAAUGUUGAUUUUGAGUACAGCGGUUUCUGUAUUAUAAACACAAUAAGAAUGAAUCUAUCACUGGUGAUAUUGAGUAAAGGAUUUCUGUAUAAAGAUACAAACUGUGUGAUAAGAUGAUAUACUUGGACUAAGUAUAUAUUGAAACUAAUUUUGUCUAUUAAACGUUUGCUUCAGAUCCCUUGCAAGGAAACUACCCAAGCGAUAAAAUCAGUUUUAAACAGCUUUAUUUGUCAUAUGACUUGAUUCACUGUCCAUUUACCCAUUUACCAUAAAUAGCGAAGUCUAAGUAAAUUCUUAGAUUAUUUGAUUUUAAAAACCGUUCAAAUAUAUCACCAUUACACCAUACUGUAGGCCAAAAUGGAAAUUUCUUGGAUUCUGAUUCAGAUUUAAAAGAUAAUUAGUAAAUUUCAUUUCAACUCGAGUCUGACAAUAAUGGUUGCCAUGACAAUUCUGUCACAGUCAGUGAAUAAAAAUACAACUUAUUGAACUCCCUACGUAUAACUGAUAUACGCUUUAAAAAUAUACAAGACGCGGCCUCGGCCUCUAAUGAUUUAAGCGGUAUCAAAAAAUGGACAAUAACAGUCCUCUAAAUUCUAAACAGUCGAUUUUUAUCUCCUAAAUGACGGUUGCGUUCGAAUUUCGUAAAAAAAAAGGACCGAGACUGCCCGACAAAAUGGCCACUCCCCGUACGCAAAUACGUAAAAGUAUGUAAUACACAAGGUUAUGGACCCUCUAGAGGUCACAAUUUCUAUCCGAUUUAGAUCAUACUUAUUUGUUUAUGUCCCAAAGAUCGCGGUUCCUUUCGAUAUUGUGGCCCCUGGUUUUAAGCCUUUUCCCUGUCCAUCUCUUGCAAAAUGUGGGCAUAUCUUGCAUGGCGUUGCUUGUUGGUCCCGUGGGAGUCCCAUAGUCCUAAGUGUUUCUCUUGCAAUCCAAUGUGUUUCUAGUUACAUUGAAUGUCUCUACUGUUACUUGAAAUAACUAACCGAUAAAUACAUCUCUAAUUAACUUUGAAUAGAUCUAUAAUUGUUGAUUUUUAGUAAUGCAGUUUCUGUCUAAACAUAUAGAUAUAACUAUGAAUAUAUCUAUAAUUGUUGAUUUUGAUAUUAAUAAAUCUAUACUUGGUGAUAUUGCAUGAUAGAAAUAAAUUGUGUUGUAAUCUAA